AGCGGGUUUCCGCUUCCCGUCAAAAGCGCCGAAGAAGACGUCAGACAUGGCGCUGUCCUGUGCGUCGCUCAUGCCGGUUCGCGCACUGCUCGCUCUAAGGACAAGAACUCUUGAACUCAAUAAAAGUUUCUGGUCAAACCGGACGUCUGCGUGUCGUUACGGGAGUAAAACUAGCGUCAAACCUCAACAGAAGCCGUCCGCGCCGGAAACAGCCGGCAGAGGUAAGAAACACGCGAGAAGCGCGUCGCCUCACAGACUCGAGAACGUCGAGGAGAGCGCGUUAUCGUCGCUCUCGUGUCGCGCAGGGGCUCCUGAUCUCCUUCGAGAGUUCCCUGAGCCGAAGCACCUGCUGUACGCCACGCUGUCCAGAUCCCUGCGGAUGAGCGACCUGUCCCGCUUCCUCCAGUACAGCUGCAGCGAUGGAGAGCUCAAGAGAGCGACGGUCACCCUUCACUGGCCCGUGAGGAUCGAGACCGAGGGCUUCGGGUCACGAAAGGUCGAGGCAGAGCGACAAGCAGCCGCCGCCGCGCUCCAGAAACUCAAAGAGCUAGGAGUACUCGGUCAGGAAAAGCAAUCAUCCAGAACGGGAAUGAUGGGACAGAAAGGGAGGCAGACGUCCGUCUGGGACGACGAAGAGACCGGGGCUGCCUGCGGUCCUCUCCAAUCUAGGCUUUUUCAGCUAAAAAAACAGAAGAAAAGAGCCCAAGGGCCGAUAGAAGAGGAUCCAGCUGUGACUGAGGCGCUCGCCAUGUUUCCGAAGCCAAAGGCGGUUCUUGGCCGUGUUUUUCAGGCGGCCACGUCAUCCAAGAGACUCCGAGAGCUGCUUCAGUACAGAACGAGCGGCGGGAAGGUGAAGACGUGCGAGCUGACCCUGAGCUGGCCGGAGGAGAUGACCUUCAGCGCUGGAGGUCGCGGCAGACUGGAGGCGGAGUCAAACGCUGCGGCGCUGGCCUGCGUCAGGUUCAAGGAGCUGAAGCUUCUGGACGAGCAGAACAAUCCUCUGACCCACGCCAAGUACCAUCAGCAGGAGGUGCGUGAGUCUGGAGAGAGACACAGAAGACCCUGCCGUGUAGAAAUCCCCACCGAUCUGAAGCGGAGGCUUCAGGAGUACCUCGCUCAGUAUCCGGUGGAGGCUGAGGUUCAGAAGCUGUGGGAUGAAAAGGAGCAGGAGUCCUCCGCCGGCACCGACGAGGAAGAGGAGGCUGAAGACUUCGUCAUAGACGCCAUCACCGGCAGGCCGUACCGCGCUUUACGUCCCGAGGAGGCGGAGACUCUCAGCGAUCACCUGCUCAGCCUGUGGAUGAGGGCGGGGCCUGGCCGAGAGGCGGAGCUUCCCGUCGACGCCUAUAAAGCGAGCGUGCUGGAGGCGGUGAGGUCCUCGCAGGUGGUCGUGAUCGCCGGGGAGACGGGCUGCGGGAAAACCACACGCAUCCCACGCUUCCUGCUGGAGGGACAGGUCCGGAGAGGAGAGGGGGCCGAGUGCAACAUCCUGGUCACUCAGCCUCGCCGGAUCAGCGCCGUGUCGGUGGCGCACCGAGUAGCUCAGGAGAUGGGACCCGCUCUCCGUCACUGCGUGGGAUACCAGGUGCGUCUGGAGUCCCGUCCCCCGGAGCGCAGCGGAGGUGCUCUGCUCUUCCUGACGGUCGGCGUCCUCCUGCGCAAACUACAGUCCAACCCCGGCCUGCGGGGCGUCAGCCAUGUGAUCGUGGACGAGGUGCACGAGAGAGACGUGAACACGGACCUGCUGCUGGCGCUGCUGCGCUCCUCCCUGAAGGACAACCCCGACCUGCGGGUGGUGCUCAUGAGCGCCACCGGAGACACGCAGCGGCUGGCGUCCUACUUCCACCGAUGUCCGGUGGUGCGCGUGCCGGGGUUCAUGCAUCCGGUGCAGAGCCGCUUCCUGGAGGAGGUGCUGACGGAGAUGGGUCGCCCGCUGCCGCCGCCGAGCCGGGAGAAGAGAGACGGAGAGGACAGCGAUGUUGCUCCUGAUCUUGAUCUACUGACUGAUGUGAUAGACCACGUUCACCGCCACGGAGAGCCAGGGGCCGUGUUGUGUUUCCUCCCGGGAUGGCAGGAUAUCAAAGCAGUGCAGCAGAAGCUGGAAGAAAGAGCCUCUUUCAGAUCCGGCUCACAGCUGAUUUUACCUCUGCACUCCAGUAUGGCCGUGUCGGAUCAGCAGAUGGUGUUCCAGCGUCCUCCAGACGGUCAGAGGAAGAUCGUCCUGACCACGAACAUCGCGGAGACCUCCAUCACUAUAGAUGAUAUAGUUCAUGUGGUGGACUCCGGCUGUCAGAAAGAGCAGAACUACGACCCCAGAACCAAGGUGUGCGGUCUGAACACGGUCUGGAUUUCACGAGCAAACGUCACUCAGCGGCGAGGACGAGCGGGCCGCUGUCAGCCUGGUCAUUCCUACCAUCUCUUCCCUCGGGAGCAGCUGGAGAGCAUGGAUGUGUUCCCCGUCCCAGAGAUCCUGCGUACUCCUCUGGAGAGCGUCGUCAUUCAGGCCAAGAUCCACUGUCCAGACAGCAAAGCCGUGGACUUCCUGUCAGAAGUGCUGGAUUCCCCGGACAGACAAGCAGUCAGAGUCGCUGUGAAGAACCUCAUAGACAUCGGAGUGCUGGACACGGCGGAGAAUCUGAGCGCUCUGGGCGAGCGCGUGGCCUGUGUGUCGUGUGACCCGCGUCUGGGCAAGGCUUUAGUUCUCUCGGCUCUGUUCUCCUGCGUUCUUCCCAUGUUGUCUGUGGCGGCCUGUUUGACGCGAGACCCCUUCUACAACAGCAUGCAGAACCGGGCCCUCGUCUGUAAGGCCAAGGCUUCCCUGAGCGGCUCCGGCUGCAGCGAUCAUCUGGUCUUCAGUCGAGUCGUUCAGAGCUGGAAGGAGCAGCAGGGCAAGGAGAGCAAGCAGGCGUUUCUGGACCAGUACACUCUUUCUGGAGCCAGUCUGCGCUUCAUUCAUGGCCUCAUGCAGCAGUUCGGGGAGAAUCUGAGUGAAGCGGGUCUGGUGGACGGCUCCGCUGAGUGUCUGCGUCCGUCGUCUCGUCUCAAUCUACACAGUCAGCAGGAGCAGCUGGUGAAAGCCGUGCUGACCGCCGGACUCUAUCCUCACCUCAUACAGGUGAAAAAAGGCACAGUGACCAAAAGUGGAAGAUUUCGUCCAGAAAACCUUUCAUACCGUACACAAAGUGGCCCUGUGCUUCUCCACCGCUCCUCCGUCAACAGAGCAAAUCAGGAUCUGUCGAGUCGCUGGCUCACCUUCUUCUCUGCGGUGAAGUCGAGCGGUCAGGUGUUCAUCCGAGACUCCUCUGCGGUUCAUCCUCUGGCGCUGCUGCUGCUGACCGACUGCGACCUCAGCGAGAGAGCGGGUGAGGACGGCGUGGAGGUGGCGAUGCUGGGUCACAAUCUCAUCCGCUGGGAGUUUCCUCCUGAUGUCUGGGAGUUACUGUGGGAUCUGCGCACCUCUCUGCAGGCCAUGAUCCACCGCAGCCUGCACCGCUCUCCACACCAGCCCUCCUCAGACCUCCCUCAGGACAGGGAACUGCUUUCUUUACUCGUGGAGCUGCUCAAUAACACGGACUCGGAGUCUGUCAGCAAUCAGGACGAGACCAGCACAGAAAACAUGAGCUCUGAGCGUCUUUAAUCUCGUAGCAGGGCAUGAGGAAUCAAGAUGCUGUGCUGAAGUGAAAGCGUUUUUUAUUAUAAGACUGUGUAAAUAAGAUGACAGAAAUACUACCGAGCUGUAAUGUGUACAUAAGUGUGUGUCCGUCUGUAAUGAUGAUUAUAAAAACUGCUAUAAUACUACCGUAGUCAACAUAUUUAAAGUGGAUCAAACGGGUAUUGUCUUGCUUUUAGGACUUUUUUUGAUCCGCUAUAAACGUUGGCUGCUGUGUGCCUUUGAUCUGGAACAUGUAAAAUAGUGUAACACUUUAAUUUAUUGUCCAAUUAAAGAUGUCCAGAUCACA